GCUUAUGGGGCCUUAUUUUAGUAUAGCAACAUUAUAGGAUUGUGUCAUUUCAUUUUUCGUGACAAAUAAAUCUUAUUUGGAAAUCUGAAUUUCUGUUUUCUUAUAAAUUUACGCAUUAAUUGAUUUGCUGUAUUGUUUUUAAAGUGUUUGGGAAAAACUUAAUCUAUUUGUUAAUGGUGAAACCUUAUAAUGGCUUCCUCUAACACUCUACAAAAAGCAAUCGACCUUGUCACUAAAGCCACAGAAGAAGAUAAAAACAAAAACUAUGAGGAGGCCUUACGUCUCUACGAACAUGGAGUUGAAUACUUCUUGCAUGCUGUUAAAUAUGAGGCCCAAGGUGAACGGGCUAAGGAAAGUAUUAGAGCCAAAUGUCUUCAGUAUUUGGAUAGAGCUGAAAAACUAAAAGAGUACCUAAAGAAGGACAAAAAGAAAAAGCCUGUGAAGGAUGGUGAAUCCAAGAGUGAAGACAAAAAGAGUGACAGUGACAGUGAUUCAGAUGAUCCUGAGAAAAAGAAAUUACAGGGGAAGCUUGAGGGUGCUAUAGUUGUUGAGAAACCACAUGUUAAAUGGAGUGAUGUUGCUGGCCUUGAAGCAGCUAAGGAAGCUCUGAAGGAAGCUGUUAUCCUGCCCAUUAAGUUCCCUCACUUGUUUACAGGCAAAAGAAUACCUUGGAAAGGCAUUCUUCUUUUUGGGCCUCCUGGUACAGGUAAAUCUUAUCUAGCUAAGGCAGUUGCUACAGAAGCGAAUAAUUCUACAUUCUUUUCAGUUUCUUCAUCAGAUCUUGUCUCUAAAUGGCUUGGUGAAUCAGAGAAGUUGGUAAAGAACCUAUUUGAGCUUGCUCGUCAACACAAGCCGAGUAUCAUUUUCAUCGAUGAAAUAGAUUCUCUAUGUUCAUCACGUUCUGACAACGAAUCUGAGUCUGCCAGGAGGAUUAAAACUGAAUUCCUUGUACAAAUGCAGGGUGUAGGAAAUGAUAUGGACGGUAUCUUAGUACUCGGCGCCACAAAUAUACCCUGGGUUCUCGAUGCUGCCAUCAGACGACGUUUUGAGAAGCGUAUUUAUAUUGCUCUGCCAGAGGAACAUGCUCGAUUGGACAUGUUCAAGCUUCACCUAGGAAACACCAAACACAUGUUGUCUGAGCAAGACAUGAAAGUCCUGGCUGCGAAAACUGAUGGCUAUUCCGGAGCCGAUAUUAGCAUUGUAGUGAGAGAUGCUUUAAUGCAGCCAGUCCGUAAAGUGCAAUCUGCAACGCAUUUCAAGAAAACUUCUGGGCCUAGUCCUAAAGAUCCUAAUGUCAUUGUGCAUGACCUGUUAACGCCGUGCUCACCUGGUGAUCCCGGGGCUAUGGAGAUGACUUGGAUGGAGGUACCUGGGGAAAAACUGGGAGAACCUCCGGUUACAAUGUCAGACAUGCUUCGAUCGCUAGCAACGUCUAAGCCUACCGUCAAUGAUGAUGACAUGGUUAAGUUGAAGAAGUUCAUGGAUGACUUUGGUCAGGAAGGUUAAAAAAUGUUUAAAGUUAUCGAGCACUUAAAUAAUUUGUAUCACAUGUUGAAAUAAUUACUGUUAAGCUCCUGAAUGUAACUCGCAGAAUGUAUGAAUUUUAUUUAAUGCUUCACAUGAUGAAUUGGGGUUUGACAGAAUUACUUUUUCACUUACCACUAGCUAUACUUGACAAAGCAUAAUCUCAAUUGGUUUACAAUCGCGAGCAAAUCUUGACGUUCAUUGCGACCUCAUAUGUAAAAAGUGGUUAAAAUAAAAUAGAAAUAGGAUUUGCUUACUUGUCACAUCUUACCUUAAGGUUAUUUACAGGGCCUUUAUUUUUGAGAAUAUCUAUAAUCUAUUUAUUUACAUAAGCAGGUGACCUAGAUUAAAUUGAACAAUGUGCCUGUUUAACACAUUCACUGUAGCGACCUGCUAGGCGGAUUCUCUGUUCGUAUGCACUUUUCGAUACUUUUCCCGUGCUAUCGGCUACGAACCUUACGCGUAGCUCGCGCUUUUAGUGAAUGCGUUAAUACUAGUUUAAGAUUCAACUGUUAUGAAAACCUUUGCAUUUGAUUUUCAUACUAUUGUUACUUUCAUUACGUGGGCAUAAAAAACGGUAAGAUUUAAAUCACUUGUUUGUUGUAAUUUAUUAAUUGCUACUGUUUAUUAGUUUUGGCUCGUUGGUAACCUGUUAAGCUGCAAGAAGUAGCUACACGACCUAAAUGUUCAUUAAUCAUAUUUGCUGCUUUUGAUUUGCAAUAAGGCAUGGUAGAUAAGGAGUUGAUAUAUUAACAUUUCAGCUCAUGGUAUUUCAUAAUAGCACCUUGGCCCUUUUUAUUGUCUUCUGCCGAAGUUUGAGAUAUGCUAUUUUGUCUUAUGCAUUGCUUGUAUCGGCGAUAAUCCCAUAUUCUAUUUGUCUCGUGCUAAGACUAUUAAACUAUUUUAACAGUUGCAAGAUAUUUUUUAGAAUUGUUCCGUUUAUAUAAAUAUAGGUAGGUAUUCCACAGGAUUUAAGUAAAUCUGAGGGCCUACCGCGAACACCGUUCGCAAAUUGUAGGCAUCUUUCUCUGUCACUGUGAUUCCACCCUUAAUUGGAGUAAAAUAACUCGCGGUAGGCCCUCUGUUCAUAACAGCUGUGUUCUGUAUUACAAAAAUAUUUACUUAUAGCAAAUAUUUCAGGUACGCCGCGCAUUGAAAAGGGAUUUGGUCAUUUAUGUCCCUUUUCGUGUUUAAGGUUUCGUAAUCAUAAUGAAUGACAUUGAGGCAUUGUUUUUAAAGCCUGACCAAACCUGACUGUCAUUUUCUUUUGAAUGACAGUUCAGUAUAGUAUGAAAAAAAUCGUUCCAAUGAAAUUCCGCAAUAAAGCGCGUGAUCAUUUAGGCUUUAUUUCAUUUGUAUUAUCUGAUGAGUAAAGUACAUUUAUUUGUCAAUCGUAAUAUUCGUAAUGCUUAGAAAGUCAAUGGCUUCACAUUUUUCUCAUUAUAACACGUUAAUUAGGUAGGUAGGUCUCUUAUUAUUAUAUUUAUGUUAAAUGUACUUUCCUCUUUUAUUUUUGUAAUAAUAUUGUUAAGAGAGUAUAAAUAAAUAUUAUUGAUUAAAACA